AUGUUAUUAGGGCUGUAUGUGGUAAGAGUUCCAUUUAAUUGGAAAUUAUUGACACUUUCAGUUCCCGAAUCUCGAAUUUUGUCUUCGAUGUCCAUAAUUAAUUAUAAAAAGUCAUUUCAAUCAUUGUUAUUGGGGAAAGAACGUAUUCAAGAAAAGAAGUUUAACAAUAAAUUAAACUAUAGUGACAAUAGCAGAUUAAAUGAAUCCCAAAAGAGAUCGAUUCAAUCAGUGCUAAAUAAUGAUAUUACCUUUUUGCAAGGUCCACCAGGAACAGGAAAAACGUCUACUAUUUAUGAAAUUAUAUUGCAAUUGAUUGAUCAAUUUCAUACGUUUCCGAUUUUAGUUGUUGCAGCAUCAAAUAUUGCAAUUGAUAACAUUGCUGAAAAAUUGAUGAAAACACAUCAAGAUAAAAUAAUCAGAGUUGUGUCAGAAUCUAAAGAAAAGGAUUAUCCUCUUAGUCAUCCUUUAGGCCCAGUUGUUUUGCAUCAUAAAAUCCAAAUGAUGCUCAGUGUUGGUGCUAAAGAAGUUACCGGAAAACUCCGAAGUGGAAAAAUUGAUUUGAUUUCAGAAACGCAAUACAAAAAGUAUAAAAUGGAGGUAUUUGAUGUGGGUACAAGAUUAAUGAGCCAAUACCAGAUCAUGUUGACCACCACUGUCACGGCCGGAGGGAAAUACUUUAAAAUGUUAAAGGAAGCACCUGUUAUGAUAAUGGAUGAAGCAACUCAAUCAUCAGAAGCAGCAACGUUAAUUCCCUUAUCUAUGCAAAAUUUGAAAAAAGCAGUUUUUGUUGGUGAUCAGAAACAGUUAAGCUCAUUUUCAAACAAUCCACAUUUGCAAAAAUCGUUGUUUGAAAGGGUGAUUAUGAGUGGGUUAUAUGAAAAUAGCCAUAUGUUAAAUAGGCAGUAUAGAAUGCAUCCAUUUAUAUCAGAAUUUCCAAGAAAUCGUUUUUACGAUAGAAUGCUAGAAGAUGGUAUUUCAAUUGAGGAGAGAAAGCUAGAGAAUAUCGAAAAGCCAUUGGUAUUUUGGGAUACUGGUAUUUCUAGAAAAUACUUUGAAAGCAGAAAGAGAAAAGAAUCAAUUUUUGGCGAAGAGCAAGGAUAUUCAUUUCAAAACACAGGUGAAAGCGAGUUGAUUAUCAGUGUUUUGAUGCAUUUGAUAUUCUCCAAGAAUAUUGCAAAGGAAAAGAUUGGAAUUAUCACUCCAUAUAGUGCCCAAAGAGAAUUGAUCACUGAGAUUAUCACCAGGAACGAAAUUCUUAACCCAGAGGGGGAAGAUGUGAUAGUGGACAUCGACUGCGAUGACUUAUUUGAUGAUGCUAGGCCUGCUACAAUGAACAUAAUCUCAGGCAUUACAAUUGCUUCAGUCGACGCAUUUCAGGGCAAAGAAAAGGACUUUAUUAUUUUCAGCUGUGUGAGAAGCAACAGAGAAGGGAUGAUUGGUUUUAGCAAAGACGAGCGAAGGUUGAACGUCGCCUUGACCAGAGCCAGAUAUGGAUUGAUUCUUGUGGGCAACAGCGAGUGUCUUUCAAGGGGAUCCAAGCUAUGGAAAAACUACAUUACAUCGCUCAAAGAACAGGAUUUUGUGUUUAAGGUGAAGAGUACCCAGGCGAGCUUCGACUUUUACUGA